CAGCGAGUAGUAACCGCGGCGAAAAUAUAGGGCAGUGUUAAAGAGCGUUUGCUGUUGUUCGGACGUAGUGGAAGUCGCUCACGAGUGACUUGUGACAGAUUAUGAUGGACUUGAGACUGCUGGCGAUCGCUUCCGCGGCUCUGCUCUUCAUCGUGGACACCGGCAUUGCCGUCAGGGUCGGAACUAAGACGAAAGCUGCUGACCAAUCAGCUUCGGCUUCGUGGAUCCAAGACGACGUGAGCAGCAACUCAGACUUCUUCUCCUCCACGCAUGGCGUCUUCCAGACCCACCCCGAAAGAGGACCGUACGGUUCCAGAGAGAGCUCUGGAUCUAGAGAGGGAAGCUCUGGGGGAGGAAGGAAUACCUUCUCCACGAAGAGCAAACAUUUGAACUAUAGGACGUCUUCUACGGAAGAACUAAGGAAGAACCCGUCGUUGUCGUCUCCGGAGGAAUGUGCUAGGGCUUGCAGGGAAGGGGAAGCACCAAGGAUUUGUUACUACCACUUCACCUUGGAAUACUACACCGUACUUGGCGCAGCUUGUCAAGUCUGUACGCCGAACGCGACGAAUACAGUGUCGUCCCAUUGCCAAUGUGUUUUGGCCGACGGUGUCGAAAGGGGAAUCCUCACCGCCAACCGUAUGGUGCCGGGACCCAGCAUACAAGUAUGCGAAGGAGACAAAGUUGUCGUCGAUGUAGAGAAUCACAUGGAAGGUAUGGAAGUGACCAUCCAUUGGCAUGGAGUAUGGCAAAGAGGCACUCAGUACUACGACGGCGUGCCGUUCGUAACCCAAUGCCCCAUCCAGCAAGGUAACACGUUCAGAUACCAAUGGGUGGCCGGAAACGCAGGAACCCACUUCUGGCACGCUCACACCGGUCUGCAGAAGAUGGACGGUCUCUACGGCAGCAUCGCCAUCCGUCAACCUCCAUCCAAGGAUCCCAACAGCCACCUGUACGACUACGAUCUCACCACCCACGUCAUGCUCCUCAGCGAUUGGAUGCACGAAGACGCCGCUGAAAGGUUCCCAGGAAGAUUGGCUGUCAACACCGGUCAAGACCCAGAGAGUUUGUUGAUCAACGGUAAGGGUCAGUUCAGGGAUCCCAACACCGGAUUCAUGACCAACACGCCUUUGGAAGUCUUCACCAUGACACCAGGAAGGAGGUACAGGUUCAGGAUGAUCAAUUCCUUCGCUUCCGUUUGUCCGGCUCAGCUUACCAUUCAAGGACACAACUUAACCUUGAUCGCCACCGAUGGGGAACCAGUGCACCCUGUUCUCGUCAACACUAUUAUAUCAUUCUCUGGCGAAAGAUACGAUUUCGUGAUAAACGCCGACCAAGCCCCCACAGCCUACUGGAUGCAACUUAGAGGAUUGGGCGAAUGCGGUAUCAGGAGGGUACAGCAAUUGGCUAUCUUGAGGUACGCCAGGGGGCCUUAUCAACCGUCAUCCAAUCCACCUACUUACGAUUAUGGAAUACCCCAGGGUGUGGUGCUAAAUCCUUUGGACGCUAUAUGUAAUAACCAAAGGAACGACGCUAUAUGCAUAAACCAACUGAAGAACGCAAGAGAUAUAGAUCGUGGACUUCUAGCGGAAAGGCCGGACGUCAAGAUUUUCUUGCCAUUCCGAUUCCACGUUUACACUCCUGAGGACCUUUUCAGCCCGCAUACGUACGACAGACACUUGGUUGCACCAAAUGGGGACCACGUGAUCAGUUUGAUCGACGAAAUUUCCUAUCUAUCAGCACCAGCACCUUUGCUUUCUCAGUACGAUGACAUAAAUCCAGAGCAGUUCUGUAAUGGUGAUAAUAUUCCCCCAGACUGUGGACAAAACUGCAUGUGCACCCACAAAAUCGAUAUUCCUUUGAAUGCAGUGGUCGAAGUUGUAUUAGUAGAUGAAGUGCAACAACCCAACCUGAGUCACCCCUUCCAUCUCCACGGCUACGCUUUCAACGUAAUAGGUAUCGGCAGGUCGCCUGACCAAAACGUCAAGAAAAUUAACCUGAAGCAUGCCCUUGACCUGGAUAGACAAGGUCUGCUGCACCGUCAGUUCAAUCUGCCGCCAGGAAAGGACACCAUAGCAGUGCCCAACAACGGAUACGUCGUACUCAGAUUCAGAGCCGAUAAUCCCGGUUUCUGGUUGUUCCACUGUCACUUUUUGUUCCACAUAGUUAUCGGUAUGAAUCUGAUCUUCCAGGUCGGCAGUCUGAACGAUCUACCGCCCGUUCCGCCAAACUUCCCAACUUGUGGGGACCACAAGCCCCAAAUUUCGUUAGAUAUUCAAAAUGACUAUCCUAAACAGUGAAGUAGACUAUAAUAACUUGUUUUUUGUUUUAGGUUUCCCCAAGAAAUUUGGCAGUGGGUUUACCUAGUGUUUUCCCACCCAGCGUCAGAUGGAUUAUUAAAGACCGUGCCUUAAAUAUGUAAGUUUCGAUUUAAACGUUUCAUUAAUGUUUUGUUGUUGUAAAUAAUUUACUUAGACUUGUUUAGAUGUUUUAUUAGAACGUGAAAAGUGAACUAUUUUUAAUAAUCCAUCAAGUCGAACCGACUGUCAAACUCCUUGAGGAACACCAUGACUAAGUUACCUUUACCAAAUUAUUUGUGUAGAAUACUGCGGAAAAUUUAUUUUUCGAUCUUGCCAUUUCGAAAACCAACUUUGGAAAUGCUUGUUUAUAUUAUCUAUUUUUGUAAUUUAUAUUAUUUAUCUACAUAUAAUGGUCUUUAUCCGCCAUAAUUAUUUAAGGUAAGUAUAAGCUCCUACCUCUCCUUCAUUAAAUAAAACGUUUCUUGUAUUUAAUACCCAAGUUACCCUAAUUGGUGCUCCGGAGCCAUAGCAAGGCUGCAUUUUUGUACAUAUGUACCUAAUCCGGUGUAAAGAAAUUGCAAAAUAAUUUGGAUAGGAGUAUAUAGUCAUUACUUUUAGGUAUGGUUUUAAAAGUCUCGUGUUUUGCAUAAAUCAGUAUUAAGGAGUGCUCAGAAUUAAGUGACCUUGCAAUUUUUUUAUGCGUAUUAAAUUAACUAUCAGUAUUUUUAUAGAGAUCUAUUCUAACACUUUGUAAAAUUUGUAUUAUUCUAUUUAGACUUAGAUAUUUAACUUAACUUUUAAAUGGAUUCCUAUGAAACAAGUACUUUGUACAGAUUUUACAUUUCAGACAUCUAAAAUGUGUUACCAGUUGUAUUUACCGGCUAGUUAUUUAAUUUUGUACUAGUCUUCGACAGUCUUUUAUACCUUUCGUAUUUCCAGCAAGUUAUUAUUGUUAUUUGUAAAGAAUACUUGUAUAUUGUAUAAAAAAAUAAAAAUGUUUAUUAUGUACAUAGA